AUGGAUUUAAAUCAAACACCACCAACAGAAGAGGAGGAGAGGGCAGGUGAGCUCAGCUCGCCUGCAGCUGCAGCGGAGCUGCAUGCAGAAAGCGGCGAAAAUCGCUCGCGUAGGACGUCUUCCACCAGGAAGCGUCCAGUUAAUAAGUCAUCCGACGAGGAAGGCCUGCCGGCUCCUAAGUUGCCGACCUCGAGGAGGGGACGACGGCAAACAAGAGAGGCGAGUGCUUCGCAGCCGCGGAGGGAUAGGCACGGGCGUUUCGUGCGCUCCGAUACCCCGGCGGCUAGCGAGGUAGAGAGUGACAUUGGGGUCACUAUAGAGGACCCAUGUGAUGGCGGUGAAAGCACUGCCUCACUGGGGAGCUCAAAGGCGGAUCUCAAUGCCGCCAAAAGGGAGCAGCGCAAAGCCGUCGCGGCCGACGAAGUGUCGGAAAUGGUUGCCACCAAGUCCGGCAGCCUGAAGGGCACAUUCACCCGUGGGUUAAAAGAGGCUGCCGCAGAUAUCAAGGAGGCGGUUGCCCUCCUCCUCAAUAGGACGACCUCUGACGAGGUCGCCAAGUUACGGGAGGAAAACAGUCGCCUCCGUAACGACCUUGACGACCUUCGGCGGCAAGUCGCUGAGUUAAGCUCUCAGCAGCGACCCGCGGCUGAUGAUGCCGUACCUGCUCCUGCACCGCCGCCGCAACCCAAUAGCCUUCGCACCGACGAAGAGGUCGAGCGCAUUGUCCGGCUCUGCAUGCUCCAGUGCGGGAGCAUGGUCAAUGCUCGGCUGGAAGCGAUCUCUCGUCGUCUUCCAGCCGAAACCCUCCGCCCUCCUCUAGCCGCCGAUGCGCGGAGGACUGAGGAGCGGCCGAGACCAGGGCCUCCAGUAGAGAAGCCGGCGGAAGGAGCCCCUCUGCGCGGCCAGCCCACGUCUGCCGGGUCCAAGGGCGAGACUUGGGCGAAAGUCGUGGGCCGCAAGAAAGCCCGCAAGGCCGUCAAAAAGGCCGCAGCAGCCGCACGCGUCCCCGGUAGGACCGCUAAAGCGGCUGCGCAGCCUGCACAGCAGACUACCAGAGGCGGACGCAAAGGACCAAAGAUACGUGCCCCGCGCUCCGAGGCUGUUACGCUUACGCUACAGCCGGGGGCCGCGGAGCGUGGCGUAACGUACCAGUCUGUCAUUGCCGAGGCCAAGGCCAAGAUCAAACUACCCGAUCUUGGCCUCGAGUCCGUCACCCUCAGACAGGCUGCCACGGGUGCGCGGCUGUUCAAGGUGCCAGGUGCUGUAAGCGACAGUGCCAAAAAGGCGGACGCUCUGGCCGCCAAAAUUAGGGAGGUCCUCAAUCCGGAGGACGUCCGGGUCUCCAGGCCAAUGAAAACCGCAGAGCUGCGGAUUGCUGGUUUGGACGACUCCGUGACCACCGAGGAGGUGGUGGCGGCCGCUGCCCGAAGUGGUGAGUGUCCGCCAGACAAUGUGCGGGCCGGCGAUAUACGCGCUGACGCCUCUGGACUCGGCGUGGUCUGGAUUCGGUGCCCCGUGGCGUCAGCGAAGAAAAUCGCUGAAAGUGGCAGGUUGCUGAUUGGCUGGGUUGCAGCGCGGGUAAAACUGCUGCAGCCCCGGGCUCUGCAGUGCUUCCGGUGCCUGGAGAAGGGGCACGUCCGGGCAAAAUGCACCGCCGAGAUCGACCGUAGUGAUCUUUGCUAUCGCUGCGGUCAGCCCGGCCACAAAGCGACCCAGUGUUCCGCAGCGCUCAACUGCAGCCUUUGCUCGGCUGCAGGGAAACCGGCGGGACACAAAGUGGGCGGAGGGGCCUGUGGUGCACCCGCCACCAACAAGGCCCAAACGAGGAGAAAAAAGAACAAGAAGAGGAGCUCUAAGCCUGCCGGGGAAACCUCGCCACCCCCGCAGGCCAGUAACUCCGCGGCCGACUCCCGGUCCAGGACUGUUGCCGAGGGAAUGGACUGUCAAUAA